GAUGGUUAUUGACGUUGCUAAACGUUAAAAUACAACGUCGGGAUUGUGGUUCACAUGAGCCAGUUGUGGGCGAAGUUAAUGGCUGAAACUAUAGGGAGAAGGCAGAAUGCCGCCUAGAGUUUUCGAGAGGUAGCUAUUAUCAUAUGUCAAACAUUGACGUCAAGCUGGGUUUUGGCUAACUGUUUUUUGGGCAUGGAAUUAGACCUACAUUUGAGUGCUAGUAGUUUCCAAAUUAAAGUUUGCCCCAGACUUGCUUCCCAUGUUCAGGAGACAGUAUGAGAUCAAUAUCUUAACAGAUAAUAAUGGAGUUGGAUCUGGAUGUUAAGAGCCAAGUUUCCUGACCCAGGCUGUUAUGGCCACACCCAGUUCCACCUGGUCCCUGAUAGGUAUUGCAGGGACAACAUGGCCAAACUGAAUCUGACUGACCAGAUUGAGGUCUAUCUGAGAGCUAAUGGCAUUGCCAGUCUAUUCGCAUGGACAGGAGCACAAGCCAUGUAUCAAGGUUUCUGGAGCCAUGAGGAUGUGGCCAGGUCCUUUGUGUCCCAGGCUGUGAUCACUAUUGGCCAGUACUUCUCUUUCUCCUGUUACCAGCGCAACUCCCUGGCCCUGUCCAUGAUGGAUGCUGUGAACCCCAGGAAGAAGUUGUGCUGGGGGACAGACAGUAUUCAUCUGUAUGAAAUGAAGCAUGGUGCUGUGGUUGGGCUGGAUUACAGGGUCCUCAAGCUCCUGAUCUGGUUCCUACUGGGCAGGUCAGGUGGACAUGGAGAGAUGGUGUAUGCAGGGUAAAAUAAGUGUUUUUGUUGAACUGUUUCCAUCUGGAUUCAACAGUGGCAAAUGCCAAUUCAUGUACACUGAACAUGUGCAGUGUAUGUGUGUGUAUGUGUAUAUAUAUCUAUAUAUAUAUAUAUAUAUAUAUCUGCAAUGAUCUGGCAGAAUGUAUUCAUGUGGAAAGUAAAAAACAGUUGCAUACAG